AUGUCCCAACGGAGGACUGGGGCCGCCGCACAAAGUGAUGCGGAUACGGUAUUUUGGAAGAAAACGUUGUCAAAGGCAUUCGUGAGUGGUAGCGAUUGGCCAGAAAAAGAUGAAUUAUUAGAUGUUUUAUAUUGGGGUAAGCAGUUGCUCGCAUUAUUGGUUGGUAUUGUUUGGGGUAUAAUCCCACUUCAUGGGCUAUUGGCCAUUCUCUUCUAUAUCUUCUUAUCGACAAUUAUCGCGCAGCUUUAUGUGACCAACUUUCAAAAGGUGGAUGAGGAUGCAUUAGGAGGAUUCUGGGAGUUGGCAAAAGAAGGUUUCGGUGCUGCAUUUGCGACGUUUAUGGUAGCGUGGAUUGGCGUUUAUUCGGCACUGCAUUUCAACUGA